GCCCUUCCCGGUUUUCCCUCUUUCCCUGGGUUGCAGCUGCGUUCCCAGCGCCAAGAGCUGGCUGGAGCGAGGAGUGGGGGGAGGUUGAGGAGGAACGGGAGCGCUUCGUGGGCAAAAAGAGUCCUGCACAUCACAACUUCUUCCCGAACAUCUUUGAGAUCCUGAGCUGUGGUUGCCUCUCCUCCCCAGACCACCUGCAAGGGCUGGAUUAUGCUUGUCACGUUCUCCCUUUGCUUCAUCAUCUGGUUGAAUCGUGGCUUCAAGUUACGGGAACGACGGGGCUGUACUUAGGGCCCGGCUGUUCAUGCCAGCGGACCCGGGAGACUUUCACCUUCAUGCAGAGCUCUUGAGAGGGAAGUGGGACAGCCACCUUCAGCUCACCCCUCUCUUCCACUUUUUCCCUCGCCGGUGCAUUUGCUUGGCUUUUUCCAGGGGACUAUGGGGAGCACAGAAGGCUUCCAGUAUCGGGCCCUCUACCCCUACCGCAAGGAACGCAAUGAAGACAUCGAUCUGUUACCUGGGGACACCUUGGUGGUGAGCAAGGGGGCCUUGCAAUCACUGGGCUUUAAGGAUGGAGAUGAGCAGAUGCCAAACCAGAUUGGCUGGAUUUUGGGGGUCAACGAGCGCACCAAACAAAAGGGGGAUUUUCCAGGCACCUAUGUGGAAUAUGUGGGGCCAGUGAAAAUCUCUCUCCCGUCCCAUCGUCCCAGGGUCACCAGGCCAUUGCCCGCCACUCCUGGAACAGGGGCCUCCCAUGCUCCAGAGGAACAGGGGGUGACACUUCCAGAACUUUCUGAGCAGUUUGCCCCGCCCGAAGUCGCCCCACCUCUGCUGUGUAGGCUGGUGGAUGUCAUUGAGAAGAAAGGGUUAGACAGCAAGAUGCUCUACAGAACAUCUGGCUCCGAACUAAGGCAAGCACUGAGAACCGACUGGGCUGUGACUGGUGAUUUGGAGACCUUGGAUGUGCAUUCCCUGGGCGAGGCUCUCAAGGGGUACCUGCAAGAUCUGCCAACCCCCAUGGUACCCCCUUGCGUGCAGGGUGAAAUCUUACGAGUGCUCCAAGAUGUUCCCCAGCCGGAGCUUUGUCAAAAGCAGCUGCUUUCAGUGUUGGAGUCUCCAGCCAUGCCUCUGCCACACCUCCUCACCUUCCAGUUCCUGCUCCGGCACUUUUCCAAGGUGGCCGAACAAGCCGAAAGCAAUGGGUUGUCACCUCGGACCCUGAGUGAGAUCUUUGGGGUUCUGCUCCUUCGGCUCCCUGCAGCUGCCAGCUCUGAGACGGCGCCUGAUUUUCCAAACCUCUUCCUGGAGACUCUUCUGCAGGCAAAGGACACUGAGCCAGACCUUCCCCCUCCAGCUUUGCCUCCGAAGCCACCCAAAGCCAAACCUGCAGCGGUUUCUCUAACCAACGGGAACGGCACAACCCUGCAGGAUGCAGAGUGGUACUGGGGAGACAUCUCCAGGGAGGAAGUGAAUGAAAAACUCCGAGACACUCCUGAUGGUACCUUCCUGGUGAGGGAUGCUUCCAGCAAGAUCCAGGGUGAAUAUACAUUGACCCUCCGGAAAGGGGGAAACAACAAACUGAUCAAGAUUUUCCACCGGGAAGGCAAAUAUGGCUUCUCAGAGCCACUGACCUUUGGCUCUGUGGUGGAACUCAUCAACCACUACCGGCACGAGUCCCUGGCCCAGUACAACGCCAAGCUGGACACUCGGUUACUGUACCCCAUCUCCAAGUACCAGCAGGACCAGGUGGUGAAGGAGGACAGCGUGGAGGCAGUUGGGGAGCAGCUGAAAGUCUAUCACCAACAGUACCAGGACAAGAGCCGCGAGUACGACCUCCUGUACGAGGAAUACACACGCACCUCGCAGGAAUUGCAAAUGAAACGGACGGCCAUCGAGGCCUUCAACGAAACCAUCAAGAUCUUUGAAGAGCAGUGCCAGACGCAGGAGAAAUGCAGCCGGGAUUACGUGGAGCGUUUCCGGAGGGAAGGGAAUGAGAAGGAGGUGCAGCGGAUCAUGAUGAAUUCAGAAAAGCUGAAGUCUCGCAUUACCGAAAUUCAUGACAGCAAGAUGAAGCUGGAGCAGGACCUCAAGCAGCAGGCCUCCGAAAACCGGGAGAUCGACAAGCGCAUGAACAGUCUUAAACCUGACUUGUUGCAGCUGCGCAAACUCCGUGACCAGUACCUAGUAUGGUUGACCCAGAAGGGGACUCGUCAGAAGAAGAUCAAUGAAUGGCUUGGUAUCAAGAGUGAAACUGAGGACCAAUAUUCCAUGAUGGAGGAUGAGGAAGAGCUGCCCCAUCACGACGAGCGGACAUGGUAUGUAGGCAAGAUCAACCGCACCCAGGCAGAGGAAAUGCUGAUAGGCAAGCGUGAUGGGACUUUUCUUAUUCGGGAGAGCAGCCAGCGAGGAUGCUACGCCUGCUCUGUGGUGGUGGAUGGAGACACGAAACACUGCGUGAUUUACAAGACAGCAACAGGCUACGGCUUUGCAGAACCUUACAACCUCUACGCCUCGCUUAAGGAGUUGGUUUUGCACUACAAGCACACCUCCCUCGUGCAGCACAAUGACUCACUCAAUGUCACGCUGGCACACCCGAUCCUCUCCCAGCCUCCUCCGAGAUGAACACUUCCCUCUCCUACCACUUCCCACUUCCUCCCCUUCCAGAACCUCCGAUGAAUGGCCUGCCUUUCCUUGACUGCCCAAUGGGAUCAAAUAGCCCCCUCCCCACCAGAUUUCCUUCUUGUGUUCACUGUUAACUCUGCCUAUCGUUCUUGCUUUCCAUCGGUGGCUCUUCUCUUCUACUUCCUUUUCCUGCCUACCCUCCUUUCUCUAAGCUGGAAUUUUUUUUCCCCAACCUUGUCAACGUUAAGAUACUUGGACUUCAGCUCAGCAUGCUGGCUGCAGAAUUCUGGGAAUUGAAGUCCAUGCAACUUAAAGUGGUCAAGGUUGAACAUCACUGUUCUAAGCUAACUUCUUUUUACAUUCGCUGGUGCAUUUUGAAUUCCUUCUUCAUUUUCUCCUAGUGGCUUUUUUUUGGUGCUAGGGAUCCUACCUUAUACUGCUGGGCACGAUCUCAACAGAGAAGCUAUUCUUCGGGGAGAGGGGGGUUUGCUUCUGCAGGAUGGCAAACCCUAAGAAUUCGUGGAGAGACCAUUAUUUCCUUUCCUCGUUUUCUCCCUCCUGGAUUUGCCUGGGAAGGGCCGGAUGAGAUGGUUUAAGAACCCCUCAGGCCCUGCAUCAGGGGUGAAAUGCUACCAGUUCUGACCAAUUCACCUGAACCG